CUUGUUUGACUUGUGCAGUGCCCAAGUGCGUUGUACCCGGAAACUUGCUUUUUUUCCCUGACUCUGCUGAACUUUGAAGCUCAGAAAGUGAUAACAUCACCAUUUGAUGAUUGUUUUCCCGCCUUAUCCAAUAAGCAACCUUGGCACCUCUGAGACGUCAGACUGUAAUCUAAGCUCCCUGUGGGGAAGUGAGUGGGUUGGUCAAAUACACGACCUCUUUUCAGAGAAUACCUCCUGUGAGCUUGGCCGUCCCGGACAGUGCUUCGGACGUCUAAUCCACGGCUAAAAACCCAGGAUCUUCUCCAGAUUUGCAUCUAGAAAGUAAAGCUCUUAUUUCUGAAGAUGAACAGACACGUCGGGUUGAGUAAAGAUCUUCCAGACAUCGAGAGCAUCCUGGCUCUGAAUCCCAGAGUGAAGAGCCAUGCUCAGAUCGUUUCCACUGCCAGCAAAAAGAAAGAGAAGAAACACUGGAAGAGAAACCCUGAGAAGAGCUGCGAUUCUUGUAUUAAGUUAGAGAACAACUUUGAUGACAUCAAGCACACGACGCUGAGCGAGAGAGGAGCUCUCCGGGAAGCACUGCGGUGCCUAAAAUGUGCUGAUGCUCCUUGUCAGAAGAGCUGCCCAACAAACAUUGACAUCAAGUCAUUUAUCACAAGCAUUGCAAACAAGAACUACUAUGGGGCGGCGCGGGCCAUCCUCUCUGACAACCCUCUGGGGCUGACCUGCGGGAUGGUCUGUCCCACAUCAGAGCUGUGUGUCGGGGGCUGCAACCUGUACGCCUCUGAAGAAGGACCCAUUAACAUCGGAGGAUUGCAGCAGUUUGCUACCGAGGUGUUCAGCAAAAUGGGCAUCCCUCAAAUCAGGAACCCAGAGCUCCCACCAGCCAAUGAGAUGCCAGAGUCCUACCACGCUCCCAUUGCUCUGAUUGGCUGCGGCCCAGCAUCAAUCAGUUGUGCUUCUUUCCUGGCCCGCCUGGGCUAUGAUAAUAUCACGAUAUUUGAAAAGCAGAAGUACAUCGGAGGACUGAGCACAUCAGAGAUCCCUCAGUUCAGGCUCCCGUAUGAAGUUGUCCAGUUCGAAGUUGAUUUGAUGAAGGACCUAGGAGUGAAGGUGGUUUGUGAGAAAGGUUUAGGUGUUGAUGGAAUGAGCCUUUCAUCCCUGAAUGAGGAGGGCUUUAAGGCUGUCUUCAUUGGGAUUGGUCUCCCUCAGGCUAACAGGGCUAAGAUCUUCCAGGGCUUAACUAUGGACCAAGGCUUUUUCACUUCCAAAGACUUUCUGCCUAUGGUGGCUUCUGCCAGCAAGAAAGGCAUGUGUCAGUGUCGCUCUGCCCUCCCGGAGUUAAAGGGAGUGGUGAUUGUUUUGGGGGCCGGCGACACUGCCUUCGACUGCGCCACCUCGGCUCUCCGCUGCGGAGCCAGGAGAGUCUUCGUCUGCUUCAGGAAAGGAUUCACCAACAUCAGAGCCGUCCCCGAGGAGAUGGAGCUGGCUAAAGAGGAAAAGUGUGAGUUCCUGCCCUUCCUGUCUCCGCGAGAGGUCGUCGUGAAGAAUGGGAAGAUCGCCGGCCUGCAGUUCUGUCGCACCGAGCAGACCGAGAGCGGUGAUUGGCUGGAGGAUGAGGAUCAAAUUAUCAGGCUGAAGGCUGAUUACAUUAUUAGUGCCUUUGGAUCCAUGCUGAGUGACCCACAAGUGACUAAAGCCAUGGCUCCUUUGAAGCUGAGCCGGUGGGGCACUCCGGAGGUGAACACGGAAACCAUGCAGACCAGCGAGCCCUGGGUGUUUGCAGGGGGAGACGUUGCUGGUUUGGCAAACACCACAGUGGAGUCGGUGAAUGAUGGCAAACAGGCUUCGUGGCACAUGCACAGAUACAUGCAGUCUCUGUAUGGACAUUCAGUGGAUGCCGUCCCAAAGCUACCAUUGUUCUACAGUGCGAUAGAUCAGGUGGACAUCAGUGUGGAGGUCUGCGGCCUGAAGUUUCCCAACCCGUUCGGCCUGGCCUCUGCUCCUCCCACCACCACCACAGCCAUGAUCAGACGAGCUUUUGAGCAGGGAUGGGGCUUUGCUCUGACCAAAACCUUUGGACUGGAUAAGGACCUGGUGACCAACGUGUCCCCGCGUAUUGUGCGGGGUACCACCUCAGGUCCUGUGUAUGGACCUGGUAUGGGCUCCUUCCUCAACAUUGAACUCAUCAGUGAGAAAACAGCAGCGUAUUGGUGUCGGUCCGUCACUGAGCUGAAGAAGGACUUCCCUAACAAUAUUGUGAUCUCUAGCAUAAUGUGCAGCUACAACAAGGAGGACUGGACAGUUAUUGCCAAGAUGGCUGAGGAGUCAGGAGCAGAUGCAUUGGAGCUCAACCUGUCGUGUCCUCAUGGGAUGGGAGAAAGGGGCAUGGGACUGGCCUGUGGACAGGAUCCAGUGUUGGUGCGAAACAUUUGUCGGUGGGUGCGUGCUGCAGUUUCCAUUCCUUUCUUUGCCAAACUUACACCGAAUGUCACCAAUAUCGUUGACAUUGCCAAAGCUGCACAUGAAGGUGGGGCGGAUGGAGUGACGGCCACCAACACUGUCUCCGGUCUGAUGGGUCUGAAGGCGGAUGGCUCUCCCUGGCCAAGUGUUGGUGCAAGCAAACGUACCACAUAUGGAGGAGUGUCUGGUAACGCCAUCAGACCCAUCGCUCUGAAAGCCGUGUCGGCCAUCGCCAAGGCAAUCCCUGGUUUUCCCAUCCUGGCCACCGGGGGUAUCGACUCAGCAGAGAGCGGACUCCAGUUUCUCCAUGCUGGAGCCUCAGUCUUACAAGUGUGUAGCGCAAUUCAGAACCAGGAUUUCACACUGAUCGAGGAUUACUGUCUUGGUCUGAAAGCCUUGUUGUACCUGAAGAGCCUGGAGCUAAAGGACUGGGAGGGUCAGUCCCCUCCAACUGAAAAACAUCAGAAAGGAAAACCCGUUUUCAAACUGGGAGACCUGGUCGGAAAGAGCCUGCCUAGCUUUGGUCCCUACUUGCAACAGAGGACCGAAGCCAUUGCAAAGUACAAAAAACAAAUCAGAGAAACUGGUGAACCACAUGUGCCAGAAACCACCCGCGUCAACCAGCCCAAAAAACCAGUCCCUGCUGUUAAGGACGUGAUAGCCAGAGCGCUGCAGUACAUCGGAGCAUACGGAGAACUCAACAACAUGGAGCAGGUCCAGGCUCUGAUAGAUGAAGAUAUGUGCAUCAACUGUGGUAAAUGUUACAUGACUUGCAAUGACUCGGGAUACCAGGCGAUACAGUUUGACCCGGAGACCCACCUUCCUGUUGUGAUGGACAGCUGCACAGGCUGCACUCUUUGCCUCAGUGUCUGUCCCAUCAUCGACUGCAUCCAGAUGGUCACCAGGACCACACCUCAUGCACCUAACAGGGGUGUGCCAGUUAGUCCUGUCUGCUAAAGGGAUUAUAAACCAUGACAAACCUUUUAAGUGUUGAGAUCAGGUAUUUCUAAGUUUUAGUUUUAACAAACUGCUCUACAAAACGGUGUCAAAGUAAAUCAGAACCCGUCCAAAUUGAUUUUUUUUUUUUUUAAAUGGGUACUUUUUACAGAAAGUCAGCGUAUCAGGCUUGCAAGUAUCCUCCUGCCUCUUCUAAACAUAAAGAAAGGCAUAAAUGUCAUACCAUAUCUUAGUUUCAUUCUAAAUAGGAGCCUAGUACAUUUCUCCAAAAGAAAUUGAGGUAUUUGUCCCUGUUCCAAAGCUGGAAUCUGGAUUUUUAUGUUGAUUUUGGAAAAAGUUCUUCUUCAUUUCUAAGUGUCCUUUCAGCCCAGGUCAGCACAUGACUUGUUUCUUUGUAAAUAAUCUGUUUUACCAGUAUUAGCCAAUGUCGCCACAAUGUCUCUUAUGUUGUGGAGCACAUGUUUAAUCAAAAGACGUUCAAAUGGCUCCUUCAGCCAUGUUGAAAUUUGUACCCAAGUAUAGAGCAGAGAAGUUCAAAAUCCCCUCAGCUGAUUUCUAUUUAACUUCUAGUGACGUAGCGAGAGAAAAGCGUUAUGUUAACAGUGUGUUUGAGGUGCUACCUUUAAGAACGCAUCCACGGGUGUGUCUUCAAGUAAUUCAAAUGUCUUAAGUCAACCUAUCAGGAGAUUCCCCAAGUCUGCUGCUUUCUGAGAUCUACAGUAACGUUCAAUAAAUUAGAACAUUAUUGAAAAGUUCAUUUAUUUCAGUAACUCAAGUCACUAAUUGAAACAUAUUGAAUAAUUACACUGACUGAUGUUUUUAGGCUGUUAUUUCUGGUAUUCAUUAUGAUUUUCUCUAUUUCAUCUGAUUAACGUGAAUAUUUCAUUUUUAUCUGAACAUGCCAUAUUAUCAAUAAUUGUGCAAUACUUACUCUUGUUUUAUUUUUGUUUUUAUUUUCGCCUUUCUGAUAAGUUUGUUCUCUGCUGCUUUAGAACUAACAUUAGAUUGGCUUGCUUUUUCAUUACUGAUUCCAGUGUGUAAUGCUAUUUGCUUUUGCCACUGUCACACCCAAAUGUCCACGUUGUGGGACAAUAAAGGAAUUUCUUAUCAUGUCUUACUUUGCAUUUGCAGCUGAUAGAAACAUGACAUUUAGAACAGCAAUAUUGAUCUGGACCAAUAAAUAAAAUGAAUGCA